CCAGCAUGUCUAAUCCAGGAGAAGACUGCUAUUUCUUUUUCUAUUCUACAUGUACCAGAGGUGGCAGCUGUCCAUUCCGUCACUGUGAAGCUGCCCUAGGAAAUGAAACUGUGUGCACGUUAUGGCGAGAAGGACGCUGUUUUAGACAGGUGUGCAGGUUUCGGCACACGGAGAUUGAUAAGAAACGGAGUGAGAUUCCUUGUUAUUGGGAAAAUCAACCAGUGGGAUGUCAAAAACUAAACUGCGCUUUUCAUCACAGCAGAGGACGAUAUGUGGAAGGCCUUUUUCUGCCUCCAAGCAAGACUGUGCUGCCGGCUGUGCCGGAGUCACCAGAGGAGGAAGCGAAGGCUUCCCGGCUCACAGCUCAACGAAACAAAUUGUCUGUCCGGUCCAAUCCCUCUCCUCUACUGCGAAGUGAGAUGAAAGUAGAAAGUUCAGGAAAUGUUCCCAGCUCCACACAUCCACCAGUUGUGAUCAAUGCUGCAGAUAUUGAUGAAGACGAUGAUGAUCAGUCUUCUGAGGAAGGGGAUGGAACCGAAACACCAACCCUGCAACCAACUCCCAAAGUUCCUAAUGGGCUACGAGAGGCUUCUGCCCGGAAACCUGGGGUCAAUUUCAAACAAGGUGAAUGUUUGGAUUUUGGAAUAAAAACUCUUGAGGAAAUUAAGUCAAAGAAAAUGAAGGAAAAAUCCAAGAAGCAAGGUGAAGGUUCUUCAGGAAUUCCCAGUCUUUUACUCCAGCCUCAGCCCAUAGCAGGUCCUGAAAAAGAGAAUGUCCGGACUGUGGUGAGGACAGUCAGUCUCUCCAACAAACAAGGAGAAGAACCAUUGAGAAGACUGAGUCUCGCUGAGAGACUGGGGAAGCGAAAAUUUCCCGUAGACGGUGACGGUGAUCCUCCGUUAAAGCGCAGCCUUGCACAGAGGCUAGGGAAGAAAGUUGAUGCUUCAGAAACUGGCAAAACACCAAGGAAAGUUCAAGUUUCCAAGUCUCUAAAGGAACGAUUAGGUGUGUCCGCUGGUCACAACAAUGAGGAGGCAGCAGAGAGAGUUACUAAAGUUGGUGAGAUCCAUGUGAAGACAUUAGAAGAAAUCCUCCUCAAGAGAGCCAGUCGGAAACGUGGAGAAUUGCAAACUGGACCCAAGACAGAAGGCCCUUCACCUGCUGAUGAUUCUACUUCAGGAGAAAGAAGCUCUUCCACUGCUCGAAUCAAAACCUUCUCUGAGGUCCCGGCUGGAAAGAGGUAUCGGCAGCAAGAAGCAGAGAGACAGAGAAGCAAAAAGUUAAAGACGGAGAGUGAGAUGAAAAAAAUAUCAGUUUUGCCAUCAGUGGUUGCCAACAAAGGACAAUCGGAGGAGCCUGCAGGGAGAACAAAGUCUUUGCAGGAGGUGCGGAUCAAGACACUGGAGGAAAUUAAACUGGAGAAGGCGCGGCGGGGACAGCAGAGCUCCCAGCCUCAGCCCGAGGCCCCCCCGGGGGCCAGGCGGCUUUUACGAAUCGCCAAAAAGUCAGGUAUAAAAGAAGAGAAGAUACUCCAAGAAGAAGGUGAAGUUGCAUGUCAGAGCAGUGUUGCUAGAACAGAAGCUAAAGAGGCUUCUAAUGAGACAGCAGGAGUUGGCAUCAAAAUUCCAGGCAAGAAAUGUGAGGCGAGGCGAGAAAAGCACAUACAGAAGCAGCCAGAGAAGGGAACCUCACAGAAGGAAAAACCUGUGCUGACAUCCCUCUGGAGAGAGGUAGGCGCUGGUGAUGCCCAGCCAGCAGAGACGCCAGUGCUCACUGCUGUGCCGAGCAUCCCUCGGAGCCUACUGAAGCGGCUUCCCACCAAGUCAUCCCUGGAGGCCGAGGUGGAACCCGCAGGGACUGGCCACUCGAUAUUCAAUGUGAAACGUGGGACACGGACCUUGGAAGAAAGUGUUAAAGCUAAGCCCAAAGUGAAUGUGAAGCCAUCUGUGGUUCAAGUGGUCUCUUCCCCCAAAUGGACCCCCAGGCGCAAGGCGGUGGAGAUGGAUCCUGUUGUCAUGGCAGCGGUGAAGCUGCUCGGCACCGGCGGGGUCUUGCAGGAGAGCCCGGCCAAAAAGGCAGCCGUGGCUGCUGUUCCACUCCCUUCUGAGGACAAAGCAGUCACAGUUCCUGAGACAGAGAGGCCCAGAGGCAGUCCUGUGCUGCCUCCAGCACAGUCUUCACCAGGUCCUUCUCCACCAGAAGCCUCUGGCCCUGCCUCAUCCCAAAUGGCCACGAGAACUCGCCGACUCGGCACUGCUUCGACAGGAAAGCCCCCGCUCUCUGUGGAGGAGGAUUUUGAGAAGCUAAUAUGGGAGAUUUCAGGAGGCAAAUUAGAAGCUGAGAUCGACCUGGAUCUUGGGAAAGAUGAAGAUGACCUUCUGCUUGAGCUAUCAGAAAUGAUUGAUAGCUGAAGAUGAUAGUAGGACAUUUCAAACAAACAAAAA